AUAGUUAACAAGAUUUAAGGAAAGGAGAAAAUCAGCGACCACCGUUUGCUCGACAUUCUUGUUUUAAAAAUCAUAACGUGUAAGGUUGGCGUUUAACAUGUGUCGUAAGUAAGAACGUCAAAGCAAGAAUGUUGCAGCAUAUUAGAUACAAACAUGGUGUUGUUAACCGAACUGUCACCGGAUGUUUUAUUUAAGUCGUUAAUGGAGAAAGUCAUUACCAUUGUUAAGGAUAACGUAAAUAAUUUGACAGGGCGAUACAUUCUUGACGUUAACUUCUGUUUUUCGUUACCUUCAGGGGACCUGCGUAUAUGGGAGCGUACCGCGUUUAAGUAAGAAAGUUGGAACAAAACUUCAAAGAUGGCGUCGUUUUAGUGUUUUUCGUGAAGGAGUAGCGGAUAUUUUCACCCGUAUAAGGUCGUGGACCUCAAGCAUGCUGAAGAUGGAAAAGGGCAAUGGAAUACGACUAAAAUACGUAAUAAGUGAUACUAAAGAGAAGGCUGGUUCGAAUCCAAACUGUCCAGUUGUUGUAGAGAUGAUUGAAGAGUCUCAAUCGACAUUUGAACUGUCCAAACAACUUAAUAGAGAGAACGGUACAAGUAACGGAACACUAACAGAGAAUUCAGCUUCAAAUGGAAAGUUUCGUAAUGGAAUUGCACGGGUUAAAUCUUGUGUGUCACAGUGUCUCACAAGCCAUAAUCCUUUGCCUGAAAACCCAUCACUAAGACAGAGGGUAUGCCACGCUUUCCGGCUUCCUCCACAUGGACAUAUUGCAGUAUACAUCCGGUUUGCCGUGAUAUGCUUGCAGAUAUGGGCGGCUCUCUACUGCUUUUCACAUCGUGAGGCAUUACCAGGGGGAAAUCUGUUCUCCUUAUUUAUUCUGUUCUUCAGUUGCGCUGUGGGUGGCUGCCUCAUUUCCUUUGUUAACCUACCGCCUUUGCUGGGGAUGUUGAUCCUUGGUUUGAUGUUGAGGAAUGUACCGGGUAUCAAGUAUAUAGGGGAGCAUAUUGACGCCAAGUGGUCGGGAACACUGAGGAAGGUUGCGUCAACUGUAAUCCUAACUCGUGCCGGCCUCGGUUUUGAUCUCGCGAAACUCCGGAAUAUGUGGUUGACGGUCGUGCGGUUAGCUGUCCUACCGUGCACGGCAGAGAUCGUUACCGUGGGGGUCGUCUCUCACUUCUUGGUGGGAUUCCCCUGGGUCUGGAGCAUGAUGCUCGGAUGCGUACUUGGCGCGUUGUCAACAGCUGUAACUGUGCCCUCCCUUGUGAAUCUUCAAGACCGGAAGUAUGGCGUUACCAAGGGGAUUCCAACAAUGCUCCUCUCUGUCGGUGGCAUUGACACCGUCAUGUGCGUCACAUCUAUUUCAGUGCUUAUGGGGAUUAUAUUUUCUUCUGGGGACAAUCCGGCUCUUACGAUUGCGAAGGGGCCUCUAGGCAUCGUCGCGGGUAUAGCGUAUGGAUUCGUGGCCGGAAUGUUCCUCUGGUACAUCCCUUCCGGGGACGGUCCUAAACGUGUAUUCUUUCGCUAUGUGAUGUUGCUAAGCGCUGGACUGAUCGUGCUAUUCGGGAGCUCGGAGAUCGGCCUUAAGAGCGCAGGACCUAUCGGCUGCCUCACCACCGCCACAAUUGCGUCCUACAAGUGGCGCCAAGGACGAGAACCAGGGGAAAAGGACGCGAUUGCCGGUGUGAUGGCCUUGACUUGGAUGAUCAUCCAGCACUUCCUGUUCGGCCUGAUCGGCGCCGCGGUGAACAUCGCGAACAUCAAGUCCGAGACAGUAGGUCUAGGUAUCGCCACGUUAGCUAUAGGUCUAGUUGCCAGGAGUCUCGUGUCUAUCACCGGUACCAUGGGAAUGGGUUUCAACUGGAAGGAGAGGUUGUUUGUCAUGCUCACUUGGUUAGCAAAGGCCACCGUGCAGGCGGCGUUUGGUGGUCUCGCACUCGAUAACGUGAGAGAGUCACAUGACCCGGACGGCAGCCAAUUGAAAUACGCCACGGACAUUCUGACCAUCUCUGUCCUCGCCAUCAUCAUCUGUGCUCCCGUAGGCUCGACGUGCAUUGCCGUGUUUGGGCCCAAGUUUCUCGUGCAAGGCGAUCAAGGAGAAGUAGAGGAAGAAGAGGUGAAAAAAGAAACGAAGAUCGAGAAAGAAGCACUUCCAGCGGUAGAGGUUGUAGUUGAUUUGGCGUCAGGAAAAAAUUCUGUCAGAAGUAGCUCGCAUGCCUCGCUAGCUAGUACUUCGUUCCAGUCAGAGCUCUCAUCGGUCUUACGAAGACAGUCAAAGGCCGAUAUCAUUGGUUUCGACAAUCCCGCGUUUGAUUCCAUUACAAAGGUUCGACAGCAGGAUAACAUGGAAAAGCUUAUCGAUUACGUUGUCGAUACAAAGGUGGAAUUACACGACGAUGUAUUUGAAGAUAACAGAAAGGAGUCUACUAUAGAUAGAAAACAGAGACAUGUUGUUAUUGCAGAUGUUAGUAAUGCAUCCAAAGGAAAUGGUAUUGAUUUGAAGAGGCAUUACACGAUAAUAGCAAAGAAUCAGUUCAAGACAAUAUUGAGAAUAGGACCAAGCGAUAGAUGUAAUAUCAAUUGCUUUGAGUCGGAGCAGAUCAAGUGGAACUGAUUUAGACAAAGUUUUUUCAGAAUGAUAAUGACGCAUAAAUGAUUGUCGUCGCAAUAUUAAACAAAACAAUGGAACCAUUCUAGGACAAUACAACUGAACAUGAACAAACUACAUCUCAGGAACAUUAGAAACUUAAAUAUCAGUUUCACAAAAAACAAAUAUGAUUACAAACUGGAUACAUAAUCCAGGUUGUACACGGAUCUUUGCAGAUGAAUGUUUCACUUUUGGUAAGUGUCUCUAGAAUCUAGUUUCAGACUGACUUGCUCUGUCGUGAUCUCUGAUACGUUGAUUUAUGUUUAAUGAUCUGUCUUCGUCUUUGUAUUUCUGUAUCUUAUUUAUGUAUGGGCUUAAUAAAUUUGGUUUGUUUUUCAACAUAA